AUGUUUUUAUUGACGACGAUUUCUUCUACGAGGAGUACUUCGAUGCCAGAUCAGGCAGAAGGUCGGGCGGGAGUAAAGGGAAGGGAAUGGGCAAAGGGGGAAGAAGCGAAAGCCGAAGCGGAAGCUCCCGCAGCCGACGGAGACGCGCAACCUCGGGGUACCCCCAGACCAACGCCCGGGGGUCCCACUGGAAGUCCAUCCAAAGCACCGACAAGGGUGCCCUCAACCCCCAUACCAACGAGCAUGGUGACUGGAACCCCUACAAGUACCCCCUCUGUUAGAGGCACAGGAGCGACAGCCCGCCCGACUGCAAUGGCCGGAACAACCACUGCCCCAACCAUGGGCAGCACGACGGGCACUCCUAGGCCCACGACAAUGACAACCACUCCUCGUCCAACCCCAAUGACAGGAACAACAACCGCUCCAACUCGUGGAAGCACCAAUGCAACGCCUCGUCCUACCAAUGCCAUGGCCACGACUGCUCCAACUCGCGGAAGCACUAAUGCAACGCCUCGUCCUACCAAUGCCAUGGCCACGACUGCUCCAACUCGCGGAAGCACUAAUGCAACGCCUCGUCCUACCAAUGCCAUGGCCACGACUGCUCCAACUCGCGGAAGCACUAAUGCAACGCCUCGUCCUACCAAUGCCAUGGCCACAACUAGUCCAGCAACAAGUCCAGCAACAAGUGCACCAACAAGAGCAGGCAACGCAAAUACACCUCGUCCCACGAAUGCCAUGGCUACGACACCUUCAACGACAGCCCCAACUGCUGAAGGAGGACCAGCAACAACUGCGCCAACCAGGACGGGAGCUAUGACACCUUCAACAACUGCGCCAACCAGGACGGGAGCUAUGACACCUUCAACGACAGCCCCAACCAGGACUGGAGCUAUGACACCUUCAACGACAGCCCCAACCAGGACUGGAGCUAUGACAACAACCACUGCGCCAACAAGGACUGGAGCUAUGACACCAUCCACUGCAGCUCCAACCACCACCGGGGCAGGAAUGGGGCGGACUGGAACUCUCCUCACUCCGACACCAACCGAAUAUCUCGAAGAUGUCAUCAAUGGCGACCCCCCUGCUUUUGUACCAACGGAGAUUUUUACAACAAAAACCACGUCUUCUGAGCCAGCCCUGGUCGCGGUCAAGAUUUCUCAGACGUUAAAUAUCAUCCUACCAGAAACUGCCCAGGAGAGGACUGAAGACGACGAUGCCAAAAUUAUGCAACAGAUGAGUCAGUUCUACACUGAGCUACUCACAGACGCAUUUGGGUCAGAAGUUUUUAAGAGUUACACAGUCACGGAUAUUGCAAAGGACAGCGACUUGGAGGGAGCGUUUACUCUUCAAACACUGAGCUUUUCAGCUUACACUAUAUUUGAGGGAGAUGGUGAUUCUGUGCCUACUCAGGAAGAGAUUGAUGCUGUAGUCCAAGGAGCGGAUAUGAACAGUUUCAUACAAAGCAUCAAUCCCGAUGCUCGAGUUCUUCCUGAUUGGUGGUAA